AUGAUCGGAUAUAACAGUAGCCGCAGCUUGCUGCACAUCAUCGUUGCAUCGCUUGGCCUUAUCGUUUCAGCCAUUUCUCAGGCAGUUCCUCCAGUAGCCACAGAGAUAGGUGCCUCUGCCUUUGCUUUCGAUCUCAGCCAAGUCUCACUCACCAGUGGCCGCUUUUUGGAUAAUCAGCAGAGAACGCUCACAUAUUUAAAAUGGGUCGACGUCGAGCGGCUGCUCUACAAUUUCCGUGCGAACCAUAAGCUGUCCACCAACGGCGCUACGUCAAAUGGCGGAUGGGAUGCACCAACAUUCCCCUUUCGCACUCAUGCCCAAGGUCAUUUCCUUACAGCGUGGGCACAAUGCUAUGCCACUCUGGGAGAUACUACCUGUCGAGACCGAGCUGCCUACUUCGUGGCUGAACUAGCCAAAUGUCAGGCCAAUAACGCGGCUGCAGGAUUCAGCGCAGGAUAUCUUUCAGGAUUUCCAGAGUCCGACUUCACUGCUCUAGAGGCACGGACGCUUAGCAAUGGGAAUGUUCCAUACUAUGUCAUCCACAAGACUAUGGCUGGGCUACUCGACGUUUGGAAACACAUUGGAGACACAAAAGCCCGGGACGUUCUUCUAUCACUUGCAGCAUGGGUCAACACCCGCACCAGCAAACUGAACUACAGCCAGAUGCAAACUUUGAUGGGUACGGAGUUUGGCGGGAUGAACGAAGUUCUCGCAGAUAUCUAUCAUCAGACUGGAAACAAGACCUGGCUCACUGCCGCCCAACGGUUCGAUCACGCAGCUGUAUUCGACCCACUGGCAUCGAACCAGGACCAACUCAAUGGGCUACAUGCGAACACGCAGGUGCCUAAGUGGAUCGGUGCUACUCGCGAAUUCAAGGCUACAGGAACAGCACGCUACCGAGAUAUUGCGUCCAAUGCCUGGGACAUAACCAUCAAAGCGCAUUCAUACGCAAUCGGAGGAAACAGCCAAGCCGAGCAUUUCCAUGAACCGAACGGCAUCGCCUCGCAUCUCACCAACGACACUGCUGAGGCAUGCAACAGCUACAACAUGCUAAAGUUGACUAGAGAAUUGUGGACGUUGAACCCCUCAUCAACUGCCUACUUCGACUUCUAUGAGCGGACUCUAAUAAACCACCUUCUUGGCCAGCAAAAUCCAGCAGACAGUCACGGACACAUAACCUACUUCACUCCUCUCAAUCCCGGUGGGCGUCGCGGAGUGGGUCCGGCAUGGGGUGGAGGCACGUGGAGUACGGACUACAAUUCCUUUUGGUGCUGUCAAGGCACCGGCAUGGAGACAAAUACCAAACUAAUGGAUUCAAUCUACGGCUACGACAGCUCAAGCCUCUACGUGAAUCUGUUCACAGGCUCCGUGCUGAAGUGGACCCAGCGCAGCGUUACCGUGACGCAAACCACUACAUUCCCAGUCAGCGAUACAACGACCUUAAAGGUGACCGGCACUGGAGACUGGGCAAUGAAUAUUCGCAUUCCAUCGUGGACAUCAAACGUUGAAAUCUCCAUCAACGGUCAGGAACAAAGCGUAAGCGCCACUCCAGGAUCCUAUGCCCGAAUCUCACGCACGUGGACCUCCGGAGACACGGUCACUGUGAGACUACCGAUGACAUUGCGAACGAUCGCCGCGAACGAUCAGACGAGUGUUGCGGCUGUUGCUUUUGGACCGGUUGUUUUAUCUGGGAAUUAUGGCAGCACCACGGUCUCUUCAAUGCCAACACUGUCCUUGACCUCAAUUAAGAGAACUAGUACUUCUAGUCUGGAUUUUACAGCGACUGCUAAUGGGCAAAGCGUCAAGUUGGGUCCAUUUUAUGACGCUCAAGGGUUCAAUUACAACGUUUAUUGGGCUAUCGGCAGCUAG